CGGCCUCUGGUUCAUUCUCUCUUCGUCUCCAUCCAGAGCAGGAAAACACCUCCACCAUGUCCAACCUGUCCAACCGUCUGUCCGGAUCCCGAUACUCCAUGAGGACUGGCAGCGUGUAUGCCGGCGCCGGGGGGUCCGGAGUCCGCAUCUCCAACUCCAGCGUUCCCAGGAGCUACUCCUCUCCCGUUAGUGCCGGCUUCGGCUCUAGUGGCUUCGAACUGUCCGACGCCAUCGAUAUCUCUGACAACAAGAAGAUGGCCAUGCAGAACCUGAACGACCGCCUGGCCUCCUACCUGGAGAAGGUGCGCAAGCUGGAGGCGGCCAAUGCCGAGCUGGAGCUGAAGAUCAGGGAGUUCCUGGAGAAGAAGACCACACCACGGGGGAACGAUUACUCCUCCUACUACGCCACCAUCAACGCUCUGCAGGAACAGAUCCAGGACGCCACCCGCACUAACGGAUCCCUGUACCUGUCGAUCGAUAACGCCAAGCUGGCUGCUGAUGACUUCAGAGUCAAGUAUGAGAACGAGCUGGCCAUGCGUCAGAACGUGGAGGCCGACAUCGCCGGGCUGAAGAAGGUCCUCGACGAGCUGACGCUGACGAGAUCCGACCUGGAGAUGCAGAUCGAGGGCCUGAAGGAGGAGCUGAUCUUCCUCAAGAAGAACCACGAGGAGGAACUGCUCGCUCUGCGCUCCCAGAUGAGCGGUCAGGUGAACGUGGAGGUGGACGCCGCGCCUCAGCAGGACCUGUCUGCGGUGAUGGCCCAAAUCAGAGACCACUACGAGAACGUUGCUGCCAAGAACCGCAGAGAGCUGGAGACCUGGUUCCAGGCAAAGUCUGAGGAGCUCAAUAAGACGGUGGCUGAGAGCACGGAGGGUCUUCAGUCAUCUCGCUUUGAGAUCACGGAGCUCAAACGCACGCUGCAAGGUCUGGAGAUCGAGCUCCAGUCACAGAUCAGCAUGAAAAAGUCCCUGGAUGGAACUCUGGCCGAGACCCAGAACAGGUACGCCCAAAUGCUGGCGGGUUACCAGGCGCAGGUGAUGUCUCUUGAAGACCAACUCAUACAGCUGAGGGCCGACCUGGAGCGUCAGAAACAAGAGUACCAGAUGCUGCUGGACAUCAAAACCAGGCUGGAGAUGGAGAUCAGCGAGUACAGGAGGCUGCUGGACGGAGAAACGGAGAGUUUGCCCUCCUCCAAAAGCACCACCACCCGUAAAGUGGUGAUCGUCACCAAAGAGUUCACUGAGGAUGGAGAGGUGAACACUGAAACUAAGGAAAUACAGCAGGACGACAAACAUUAGCCAAAAUCUUCCUGAACGUUCUCAGAAAUAAAAGUCUUCCGAUGAACUGA